UUGAACAACGUGUCUGCCCCAAACCGUUCCCCCUCUCUCUCUGUAUUGUUUUGUGCAUGUAUUUCCCCGCCCCUUUUUCCUCUUCCAAUUCUUCCUUUCUUGCGUAUUCCUCCACCUACUAUUUUCUAUAUUCCCCUACCUUAACUUGUUCUGGUUAUCUGCUCUUUUUUUUUAGAUUCUGUUUCCCUGUUAAAGUGGAGAAAGUAAAGUAGACCCCUGUUGUAUUAUCCUUUCUUUUGGGUUGUCAAUGGAGGAUUCGUUGGAAAAGAAUAAUGGGUUGAGGGAUUCGGGUGAGGUUCCGGUUGAUAUUGAAAUUGAAAUACAGGGUGAAACUAAUGGGAAUCAAACGAACAAGGAGAGUAUUGAUGCUAAUUGUAUCAAUGUGGAAGGAUCUGUUAGCGGGAAUGAGACAAGGCAUAGUGCUACAAAUGUGGAAAAGCCUGUGGAGAAAUUGGAACCCGGCACCAGUCAGCCAGUUAAAGCUGGAAGACACAUACAAAACCAGAACCGAGCUCUACAUCUGCUAGCAUCAAAGCUUUUUGAUGAUAGAGUUCCUUUAAGAAAAAAGGCAGGUGUAAAUGACAAACUUGUUUACAUGUUCUCUGUUGUAUCUGUUUCUGAUUUGCCUAGAGAUCUGGUGGAGAAGCCUCACAUUGUUGAGAUCUUCUCGAUAUUUAUUCGGUACAUCUUGUUGUUGGAUGCUGCUUGUUUUCCUUUCAUCUAUUACUAA